AUCAGAUGUAUACUAAUUUUUGAUGAAAUAUUAAAUAAUUAAAUUCAAUAAUAUGACAUUAUUAUUAUUAUUGCUUAGUGACUAUGUCACUUCUAAUAAAAUAAAAUAAACUCUUUUUCUAUUUCAUGGUUUUUACUUUAAAAUUCUACUGUUGAAUUGAUUUUGUUUGAGAUUUGUUUUUUUUUUAACAAAAUAAAAAAGUAAAGUAUUGAAUAAUAAAGAAUUCAAUUUCAAUUUAGUUACUUCAAAAUAAAUAGUUAAUUGAUGAAGAUUGAAGGUGUCUAAAAGUUUAUGAAUAAUAGCAAAAUGGCAAGCAGAGGUGGCAGCAGUGAAUCCGUUAUCAGGAUCCCUCCAUAUUACUACCUACAUGUCCUAGACCAAACCACAAAUGUUACGAGAUUGGAGAUUGGACCCAAAACCUACAUCAGACAAGAUAAUGAAAGAGUUAUUCUGGGCCCUGAGCGCAUGAUAACAAUUCCUCCUCGCCACUACUGCGUCGUUGAAAACCCGACUGUUAAGGACAAGGAUGGAAGAGUCGUUCUUGAUGCCAAUGGUCAGGUGAAAUUGUGUCACGCUGACCUCGACGUUCGAUUGGCUCAGGAUCCAUUUCCUCUUUGGCCCGGAGAAAUUCUGAAGCAACAAGUAUCUGAGUUGAAAAUCGUUGUCGCCAACACUGCUCUUCGUCUCAGAGCCAUCUUGGAUUUUGAAGAUGACAUUGGAGAGAAACGAACUGCUGGUGAUGAGUGGCUCUUUGAAGGACCUGGAACAUACAUCCCUCGCAAAGAAGUCGUUAUCGAGCAGUCCAUUGGAGCCACGGUGAUCCUAGCCAAUCAGGCCAUCAGACUGAGGGCUCGCAAGGAGUGCAUCGAUCGCGAGGGCCACCCCCGAGUCACAGGAGAGGAGUGGUUGGUGAAGAGGACGGGGGCCUACCUGCCAGGUGCAUAUGAGGAGGUGGUUGAGGUAGUCUAUGCACAAGUCCUCAAUGAUAAGACCGCCCUGCACGUGAGGGCACUGAAGACCUUCAAAGAUGACUUCGGCGUGACGAGGAGGAAUGGAGAGGAGUGGUUGAUCAAGUCGACUGACACGGAGGCACAUAUACCCAACGUCUAUGAGCAGGUGAUUGGUGAGGUUCACAUAACAACACUGACCAACCGACAAUACUGCGUGAUCCUAGACCCCGUCGAUGAUAAGGGCAUGCCCCAGCUGGGCAAGAAGAAGUUGGUGAAGGGGGAGAAGUCAUUUUUCCUACAACCUGGGGAGACGCUAGAGAAGGGGAUUCAGAAUGUGUUUGUGCUGGGCGAGGAUGAGGGUCUCAUACUGCGGGCCAAUGAAGGAUUCAUGGACAGAGACAAGGAACGCAAGCCUGGCGACCGCUGGAUGAUCCGCGGUCCAGUUGAGUACAUCCCUCCAGUUGAAAUUGAGGUCGUCACGAAAAGGUCGGCCAUCCCUCUCGAUGAGAAUGAGGGUAUCUAUGUCAGGAACGUUAAAACCGGGAAGGUUAGAGCCAUCAUCGGCGAGACGUACAUGCUCAACCAAGAUGAAGAACUCUUCUCUAAAGAACUCCCACCUAAUGUUGAGGCCCUACUCCUCCUUGACCAUGACCCCUUGGCUGACAGGGGUGCCAGAGGGGCGGGUGAAGUGAAAAAGUCCAGAGAUAAAUCGAAGGUCAUUACAUUCAGAGUGCCCCAUAAUGCUGCUGUACAGAUCUAUGAUUACAAGGAGAAGAAGGCCAGGGUGGUGUUCGGACCAGAGCUGGUGAUGCUGGGUCCCGAUGAAGCUUUCACUCAGCUGAGUCUGUCAGGUGGCAAACCAAAGAAGCCCAACCAGAUCAAGUCGUUGUGUUUGUUGUUGGGACCUGACUUUAUGACUGACGUCAUCGUCGUUGAGACGGCCGACCACGCCAGGCUGCAGCUACAACUCUCCUACAACUGGCACUUCGACCCGGAUGCACGGUCGGAGGCAGAGGCGGCCAAGUUGUUCAGUGUUCCAGACUUUGUGGGAGAUGCCUGCAAGGCCAUCGCCUCCAGAAUCAGAGGAUCAGUUGCCAGUGUUCAGUUUGAUGACUUCCACAAGAACUCAGCGAGGAUCAUCAGAGCUUCAGUGUUCGGUGUGGACGAGAACAGGAAGGUGCGAGACAAGUUCAUAUUCACUCAGAACGGAUUGAUCUUCACUAGCAUCGACAUUCAGUCCGUUGAACCAGUCGACCAGAGGACGAGAGAUGCUCUCCAAAAAUCUGUCCAACUAGCCAUCGAAAUCACAACCAACUCCCAAGAGGCUGCUGCUAGACACGAGGCAGAACGUCUGGAACAAGAGGCUCGAGGAAAGCUGGAGCGACAAAAGAUCAGCGACGAAGCGGAGGCAGAGAAGGCGAGGAAGGAGCUGCUGGAGCUGCAGGCGAGCAGUGCUGCUGUUGAGAGCACUGGACUAGCGAAGGCGGAAGCUCAGAGCAAGUUUUGGACGAUGAAGAUUGAGGCCGAAGCUGCCGUCACGCAAGCUGAACUGCAGAAACAGGCCAAGAGUAUUGAAUGGGCAGGCGAACGAGAGAGGUUGGAAGAAGCUCGUGACGGCGAACUGAAGUACCUCACCUCACAACGCGAUCUCGAAAUUGAGAAGCAGCGCGAACUGGCUGAAAUUGAGACGACCAAGUUCAAGAACAUGGUGGAGGCCAUCGGAUCGCAGACCCUCCUUGCCAUGGCUACUGCCGGUCCCGAUCUGCAGGUUAAACUUCUGCAAGCACUUGGCCUCAAGUCGACCCUGAUAACAGACGGCAACAGUCCAAUCAACCUCUUCACCGCCGCCAACGGUCUCAUCGCUGGAAGUAUCAUGCCUCCACGUAAGAAGAGGAGAGGUGAUGAGGGUGACGAAGAAGAUGAGGAUGAGUGAAGGAUUAAUCUGUUGCUAGAUGAGUGAUGAUGAUGAUGUGAGUGUAUGAUGAUGAUGAUGUGGGUGUAUAAUGAUGGUAUGAGUGAUGCUGAUGUGAAUGAUGAUGAUGAUGACAGUGACGGUGAUAAUGAUGAUGAUGAGCGAAGGAUUCAAAAUAUUUAACAAACUGACAAUUUGUCGUUUCAUUUUUGUCAUCGACUUACUGAUCGAUAUAAAUGUUUCUCAAGCUAUGUUUCGAUGCUGUAUCCGUUGAUGAUGUGAGUUGUGAUAUAAAUAUGACAUCAUUUAUACCAUUUGAUUAACAUCAGUUUUAGUUUUUCUGCUUUUUCUUUACAUGUAAAAUACAUGUUCUGUUGCAAAUCGAAGUGAUUCAAAUGUGAGCAUCGUUUGGUAGAAUUUUUUUUCAGGAACUGUAAAAAAAUUUUCUUAAAUAAAUAAAAGCCCGAUGCAGUUGUUAUAUAAGUUAUGAACUUUGUUGCGAUAGCGAAAUCUGAAAAAAAAUUUCGAAAUUUGUAUCCAUUCCUAAAUUUUUUAAUUUUUUUCUGUUUCUUAUUUUCGUCCUUUUUAGCCAUUAUUUGCUUUCUAAAAAAAAUAAAUGC